UUCUUCUCCUUCCCCUCACUACUUUUCUUAAAUCAUCAGACACACUCAGCUCUCCACCUUCACGACCAAUACCUAACCCUUUUUCUCUCUUUAUAAAAAUUAACAUCAGAAUAAACUGUUAAUGGAAGAAGGCCGCAAACCAGAGGAAACCCACCAAACUCAACCCAAAAUGAUUCACGAUCAUGAAAAGGAACACCAUAAACACAAACACACGGCUCCACAAUCGUCAUAUUACCCAAGAGAUCCUCGCCGGACUUUCUGUACAGUCAUCACCGUCUUCCUCCUCUUAGCCGGCCUAUCAGUUCUCAUAGUCUGGCUAAUUUACAGACCCCAUAAACCUCACUUCACUGUAGUUAACGCAGCUGUAUAUGAUCUCAACACUUCAUCUCCGCCGUUCAUAUCCACCUCCAUGCAGUUCACUCUCGUUACAAGAAACCCUAAUAAAAGAGUCUCCAUCAUAUAUGACAAACUCUCUGCUUAUGUUUCGUAUAGGAACCAAGCUAUAACUCCGACAGUGGUGUUGCCUCCGCUUUAUCAUGAGAAGAAGAGUACGGUGGCUGUCUCGCCGGUUCUUGGCGGUGCUCAAGUGCCGGUGUCGGUUGAGGUGGCGAAUGGGUUGGUGAUGGAUGAGAAUUAUGGGGUGGUGGUGCUGAGGGUGGUGUUGCUGGGGCGGCUGCGGUGGAAAGCCGGUGCGAUAAAGACGGGGAGAUACGGUGUUUAUGUGAAGUGUGAUGUUUGGGUCGGAUUGAAGAGAGGUUUUGUUGGUCCGGUGCCUUUGCUUGGCUCUCCACAGUGUAAAGUUGAUAUUUGAUAUAGGUAAAAUACUAUAAAUCUGUAAUUAAUUAAUGUAAGCUUUUUAAUGUUUGUGAAAUCUGUAACGUUUUUGUUAAUUUGAAUUUGAUAUUUUAGAACA